AUGACGUCCAUGGCAUCGGAGUCGGCAAUAACGAUUCUGUGCACUUGCAAGCAAACACGAUUCAACAUCGGCACACCAAAUUACCGAGAACUUGACAUCGAAGGUCUCAACAUCUCCAUCACGGCAGGAGCCAAGUCGGGAGUGAAGGGCAAGGAAAAGGGAAAAAACGCCAGCAUUGAGAUUCUCAACAAUGCCAAGCUACGACUCAAGGCAGGGCAACAAUAUGCUCUGGUGGGACGCAACGGGACCGGCAAAUCGACAUUGCUAAAGGCAAUAUCCGAGAAGUUGAUUCCGGGAAUCCCUGAGGAAACGAGGGUUGUACUCUUGCAGCAGACAAACAUCGCUGAUGCCAAUACCGAUGAGACCGGAGCUGAAUUUCCACCGCCAAAGCCAAAGGAAAGCCGGGGAUCAACUGUGCUCGAAGAAGUCAUUGAGAGAGCUACUUCGAGGCAUAAAGUGCAAGAAGAAAUCCGGAUUCUUACAAGCGCCAUGAACAGUACCAGUACGUAUGGCGCCCUCAGAGGCGCCCGGAGAGUCAAACAUGAACGUCUGCAAAAAGAAUUGUUUCUCAAAGAUAAAGACGCCCGGCUCAGAAGUGGAGCCCGCGGGACGCAAGCUCGCAAGGUGCUGAUUGCCAUGGAAAAGGAGGUUGCAGCUUUCCAGGCCACAUAUGAGGAGAAAGACGAAGAUAUCUCGCCAGACAAGCUUGUCCAGGAGACAAGUGAAGCGGCGGAUAUGCUCGCAGAGCUCGAGCUCCAGGUGGAACCCUCCAAGUUGGCUGAGACUGAGUCCCGGGGAAAAAGGAUACUCACAGGCCUUGGCUUCUCCGAAACAUGCAUGCAAAAGCCGAUCUCAAGCUUAUCAGGAGGUUGGCGCAUGCGAACCGCGUUAUCUACUGCUUUGCUACAGAAGACUGAUAUACUCAUCCUGGACGAGCCCACGAAUUUUCUGGACAUUCUCGGCAUCAUGUGGCUCCAACGCCAUCUCAUGUCCGUGGCUGAGGGUCCCAACCCGCCUACCCUGAUUCUGGUUUCCCACGAUCGUGACUUCAUGUCCCUGUGCACCGACCUGCUCAUAAUCAAAGAUAAGGAUCUCACAUACUUCCACGGCGAUCUUGCCAUGUACGAGUCAUCGAGGGCGGAAAAGAAGGUGUAUCUGACCAAGAUGAAGGAGGCCAAGGAUGAGCAAGAGAAGCAUAUACAACAAACCAUCGCGCGAAACAUGAAGGAUGGCAAGUUCAAGGAUGAUCAAAAUAAGAUCCGCCAGGCAAAAUCACGGCAGAAGAAGCUCGACGAUCGUUGGGGCAUGGAGGUUAGCGCCAAAGGCGGACGCUUCAAGCUGAACCGCGACUUGCCCGGUUACCAUUUCACCAACCGGGGCGAAAUUGAGAUUCCGCAGGACGAGAAAGCAAUCAGUUUCGCCUUGCCCCGAACGACGGAACUGCGGUUCCCAGGUGCUUUGCUUGCGCUUGAGAAGGUGUCGUUUCGGUAUCCAGCAGUGAAGAAGACCACAACGCCAAACCCGUUGGUGCUUCAGGAUAUCAACCUGUCGGUUCACAUGGGCGACAGGAUAGGAAUCUUGGGCCUCAACGGCGGCGGGAAAUCGACGCUCAUCAAGCUUCUUGUAGGGGAAGCAAAACCAACUUCGGGUACCUUGACGACGCACCCACGCUUGAAAUCGGGAUACUAUUCCCAAAAUGCCGUCCAGUCGUUACAGCAGAUGGGCGUUGCAGAGCCGUAUCUCACGUCCUUGACUUUGCUGACCAGAGAGGUAGCUGGCGCGCUGAAUGAGGGAGAAUUGAGAGGACUCUUGGCGUCGUUUGGCUUGCCUGGUCGCCUUGCGUCAGACGUCCCGAUUCGCAAGCUGUCGGGAGGGCAGCUGGUCCGUUUGGAGAUGACUCGUCUGUUGUGGAAAUGCCCGCAUUGUCUAGUGCUUGAUGAGAGCACGACGCAUCUGGAUUACGAGACCGUCCUUGCAAUGCGCGAGGCUUUGCAUGCCUGGGAGGGCGCAGUGGUGGUUGUAAGUCACGAUAGGUGGUUUAUGCGUGGCGUGGUUGCAGGCCUGGUGGAAGACGAAUACAGUGACAUGUCGAAUUGUGAGGAUAAAGUCGAGAGGCGGAGGAUGGUGUAUAAGCUAAGUAAGGGGCAGAUGACUGUGCUGCAAGGAGGUGCCCAGGAGUUUGAGGAUAGUAUGGAGAAAAGGGUGCGUAAGUUGGUAAAUUCCUGA